AUGGAAGGGAGUACAGACAGCACUGAAGGCCCCAGCUUCCAGGCACUGAUGGAUAGCCUGGAGGCCAAUGGCGAGGCUGAGUUGGACAUUUCUGAGCACGCGCUCGAGCCCCUCCAGGUCGUCGCUUUGGCCAAGGCCCUCGAGGUGAACAUCACACUUCAAUUCCUCAAGUUAACCUUCUGCCAGCUCGGAGACGAGGGGGCAAAGGCCCUGGCAAACGCGCUGAAGUCCAACCAGAGCCUUCUCUGCCUGAGUAUCGGCAUGAAUGGCAUCGGAGAAGAAGGAGGGCAGGCCUUGGCGAAAGCCCUGGAAGAGAACUCCAAGCUCCAGAAGCUGCAAAUGCCCUUCAAUCAGCUCGGAGACGCCGGAGGGAAGGCCCUGGCGUGCGCGCUCAAGUCUAACAAAAGUCUCCGUGUGCUCGAAGUCAGCAGCAACGGUCUUGGAGCCGACGGAGGGCAGGCCUUUGCCGAAGUCAUGGAGUGCUCUGCUCUCCAGACGCUGGACAUGAGCGACAACCAGCUCGGAGGUGUUGGAGGGAAGGCCCUGGGUUCUGCGCUCAAGUCUAACAAAAGCCUGCUUGAGCUCAACGUGGUCAACAAUUGUAUCGGCGCAGAAGGGGGGCAGGCCUUUGCAGAGGGGCUUGAGGGCAACUCUACACUUCAGAAGCUUGUCGUGACCAACAACCAGCUGGGAGUCGCCGGAGCGCAGGCCCUGGCAAAUGGGCUCAAGACGAACAAAGCCCUUCUCGAGCUCCGAGUCGACAGCAACAGCAUCGGAGCAGAAGGAGGGCAGGCCUUUGGCAAGGCCUUGGCGGAGAACUCCACGCUCCAGAAUCUGGUCCUGGAAAACAACCAGCUGGGAGAUGCUGGGGGGAAGGCCCUGGGAAGCGCGCUGGAGUCCAAUGCAAGCCUCCUCGCGCUCUAUGUCAACAGCAACGGCAUUGGCGCUGAAGGAGGGCAGGCCCUGGCAAACGCGCUCAAGUCCAACAAAUGCCUCCUCGAGCUCAAUCUCAUGAACAACAAUAUCGGAGCCGAAGGAGGGCAGGCCUUCGGCAAGGCCUUACAGGAGAACUCCACGCUUCAGAAGCUGUCCAUGAUGGACAACCAGCUCGCAGACCUCGAUGAGAAGGCUGCGCAGGCCCUGGCAGACGCGCUCAAGUCUAACACGAGUCUUCUGGUGCUCGAAGUCCGCUUCAACGGUUUCGGAGCUGUAGGACGGCAGGUGCUCGAAGAGGUUGGCAGCACCAAGCCCGGCUUCAGUUUAUCUCUGUGA